CGCGUAUCCUCUUAAAUAAAUAAUUUCAGCCUGUGCACAAUUUGCAGCUUUACUACUGUUGACUCAAAACAAGUCUAUACUUGUGACAUUAUAAUCAUUAUGCUGCCUUCUUGCAACAACAACAAUGAUGUUUCUGCCAAACCGCCAACCGAUAAUUUGUCAGGGCGACUACCAAAACCACCUCUGACAGGCCGCUGCCAAUGUCCCGAGGAUCCCGUUGUCUAUAACAUCACCUCGGAACCACACUCGCUCAACGUGUGUUACUGUCACGAAUGCCAGCGCCAGACCGGAUCCGCGUUUGCUUUGACUCUGGUUGUUCCGUCUACAGGCGUCAAGAUGGAGAACCCCAGAAUGCUUCACCAACUUCGGAACUUUGAGCGCAGAACAGAAUCGGGCGGAAUCCGAGGAGGCGUCUUCUGCUCCAACUGUGGCGUUCGACUCUGGCAUUUCGAUCCAGCGAAACCCGAAUGGACAAGUGUCAAGGCCGGAACGCUGGAUCAGAAAGUGGACUUUGGAGCUGCACAGCAUAUUUGGACAAAGAGGAUGUUGAAUGGCAUUGUUUUGCCACCAAAAGCGGAAGCGCACGAGGAGGAGCCUCGCUUUGGUCCUGUUUAGACGAUCAACCACCAGAUGCUAGGACAGUGUAGUUGACUCUAUAGUGGAUUGGUAGACUUAUUUCUCCAAGUUGCAUCUAUAACUAGACGGAAUCUUGGUCCAUCAUACCC